AUGAGCUCAAUUCAAAUCCUUCUAUGGCGGGGAUCGGGCACUACGGCGAAUACCUCCGAGCUCCAAGGUCACGUGGUGCACAGCGACUCUAGCUUUCCCCCAAUCCCCACCAAAACUUUUUUCGGACCCGACCAGAGAUCCAAGCUUGAGUCACGUGAAUUAGACGUGAAGUGGAAGUGGAUCCAUUCGUCCAAAGGGUCGGGUCCAGGACCGCACUCACGCUGCAUUCAGAGAUCGCAAGCUUCAUUUCAAGCUUUGCAAUUGAUUGCUUUCUGCGCGCGCGUUUUCUCUGGCUGUCGCUGCGACGGCCUACAGACAGAAACAUUGUCUUCUUUUCCCAACCGAAUCGACCAUGAAGAAACCUAUAGGGACACGACGCACACUGCUACACCUCUCCGCUCUCUCAUCACUAACCCCUCCAGCAUCUCAUUCAUCACCCUCGAGCCACAAGGAAAAAUCACCGACAACUCAAGCCAUAAGCGUCUGGCGUCAGGCAAGGUAGGUAGUGUCAAGCACGCAGGCUCCAAUAAAAGAGAUGCCGUCAAAAGAGAUGCCAAAAUGACAUCUUCAGUUGCGACAUCAAUCACAAUCGACAUCAUUGUCUCUCUUGAAUUGAUAACUUUUUGCUUCCCUCUGCCAUGCCUCGGACAAACAACAACGACAAGAGCAACCUCCGCGUCCCUUCCACAAGAGUACUAUUCCCAAAAUGCUGCAGCCCAACCCCACUGA